GUCUUGCCAGCCGAUUGGACAGAAAAGUUCAUCCGGCGCUGAUGUCACCGCGCCUGCCGACAAAGGAAGAAAAGCCACUUCCUUUAAAGCAGAUGAACGGAUGAGUAGCGUGUUAGAAGAAGAGCAGUAAAGAUAGGAAAAUGUCACGACGCUAGUGGAAGGGUAUAGAAGACUUUUAGUCAUAAACCCCGAUUACGGACGUAUCAUUUUAAUAAGGCUAUUUAUAGACAUUCAUAAUCGAAACUAAAGGCGGGUAGUCGUUACCGAGCGCAGGCACAAAUUGCAGUCAUGGGAACUAGAUCGAGUCGUUUACAAGAAGAAGGAGUAUCGCCUGCUUUUGAGAAGGACGACAUUAACAGGGGGUCUUGCCGCCGACUGCGCAGCAAGCGGCCUACUAGUCUGGUGGUGGGUUUCUCCGGCAGUUUCGAUCAGGACUCGGAGGCCGGCCGGAGCCGCUCGGAGGAGGGCAGCGAUUCCGACCAAGGGCGGCAGGCGAGUGCCAGCGGGGGCAGCGCCAACCGCAACCCAGGUCAGACGGAGACAGUUAAUAACAAUAAGCACGCCACCGACGGGAGCCCUACGGGAGAACUUCACCGGGGAUUACUGUCCGGGGAGACGGGCCGCGUCAGUCAUCGCACCUUCUCCGAGCGCCUGGUCGUCAAUCGGCAGAUUUCUGGGAGGAACGGUUCCGUCCGGCCGGGCCGUGCCCGAACCACCCAUCCGCGUCCCGUCUCUGAGGCGUGGAUCGGUCGCGUCAGCAACCGCCACGGCACCAUCCGUUGUCCAUUCUGCUCCAAGCCAUUUCCAGGGGGCAGGAUAGAGGAUCACCUGUUGAGCUGUCUCACCUCGCCGCCACUCCCUUACAACACUGACACCCUGACCAAGGACUCUGGGGAGUGUUCCAUCUGCCUGGAGGAUCUGCUUCAGGGUGACACCAUCGCACGUCUGGCCUGUCUUUGCGUCUACCACAAAAGCUGCAUCGACUCCUGGUCCAAGGUGAAGUCGUGCUGUCCGGAGCACCCCUUCAACUGAGCCGCCCAGCUCCGGUUCUGCAGGAGAGAAUUGCUCAACAUUAUGGACGGGAGGAAAAGCAUAUGAAGUUGCAUCACAUGUGGAGAUGGCAAGGAAGGCAACUUCUGCUUAGUUUGGUACUGGCAUGUAAACUUCUGCCACGUUCUGGAACGGAAAAAAACGCUUGUAUUUAUUACUCUUUUUUUUUCUCCCAAACUUAAACAGUGCUGGGCAUUUUGUUUUGUUUUUUAAGACGACAGUUCCAGCAAUACAGAUCUCUACAAGGAGGUCAGUAAAUAAUUGUGUGUGUGUGUGUGUGUGUUUGUUUGCAUUGCUGGUAUUUCCUGGAGGGGAGAGGAGGGAUCUAAAUAGCCAAGUGUGUGAGUGCAGAGACGUUUGGUUUUGUGUGUUUGUUUUUUUUGUUUUGCCGCUGUAGUAAUUUUGUAAUUUUUUUUUUUUUUUGUUUUGAGUCUUUGAGAAAUGGGAUGUUGCCAAACAUUGCGCACGGAGGCCAUUUGUGUUUUUUGCAGCAGACACAUUUUUGAAAAUACACAGAUGUAUAUUUUUAUGUUUCUGGAACCAAACGUCUAGUUUCUGUGUCGAGAAACGCAGCCGGCAUGGCCAGGAGGACAGCAAACUUCACGAUCUCGUUUUGCCAAAUGAAAGCGUUUCGCUGCCAGAUCUGCGGGAACAGAGUCGCGACUCCUCGAGCAUUUAAUGGCGGCUUUCCUGGCUGUUACUCUGGACGUUGUGCUCAGAAACCGAUUUUUUAAAAUCCCAGUGGGAGUGUUUGUGACUGGUCUUUCUACAGCACUGUCGACAUUGGUGUAUUGUAACUGCGGAUAGCACUUUAAACCUCGCCUGAUCCUUUUGGCAUAGGUGACAUCGACGUUGCGUGAGGCUCACAGCUGUGCCCGACAAAGUGGUUAUUGGACACAAAUGUGGAAGCCGGUCCGUUAUUGUGAUUUUACAGCAAGCAGUGUUACCCCUGCGUUACUGGUGACUGCAGGUGGAAGAAAAGGCUUUAGAUGUGGCUUCGUGUGACGUGUUAUCCUUCCCCGAAAGGGCUGUUCUUAGUUCAUACGGCUGCCGUCUGUUUUCUGACCAACGUAACAGUUAGCCGACUGGAACUGCUGCCCUCCCAGGGAGAUACUGAGGAGUAAUUAAGAUUCUAAUGAACUUGAUUGGAUCAAGUGAGAAUCUCUAGAAGACUUGCAAUUGACACUCUAUUUUAAAAAAAAAAAUGGAUUUUUGUGACUGUAAGAAUGCCGUGUGUGAUUAAAGAGAAUUCUUCCUGUUCUAUGGAUGAAUCUGCCGUGAGGACACCAUGAGGAUUCACGGUGUGUGUGUAAGUCCAGCUGUGUAUGCCGAGUCGGCCAUAGGGCCAGGCGGUCACAGAUGCGUCCUGGGGUCUGUCGUCAUAGGUUCAGUGUUUGCAGCUUAGCAUUUUCCAGAGCUAAGAUUUCGGAGCUGGCAGGAUCCUGGAUGGUCAAAUAAGGCUGCUUGUUUUGAAUGUAAAAUUAUCUUUACCGAAACAGCCUCCCUCUGUUGAUGAGACGUCAGGUGGCCGUGCUGUCAUGUGUGGUCAAGGUCAAAGGUCACUAGACAUACGCGUGGUUUUGUGUGCUUUGCUGCCUCAGUGAAUUCAUAACUGCUGGGUUGAAUGAAACAGAGUUAAUUGGCUCCAGAAGAUUUGGUGCAAUACUUUCCCCCCCCUCUUUUACACGAAUCCUGCCCCCUUUUUCUUAACACAAAUACAACUACUUGAAAGCAUGAAGUUCACCUUCAGAAGCAGAAUUCACAUGACCUGUUCUUUACUGUUUGGCUUUAAUUGUAAUGGUGAAUUUUGAGGAUUGUGGUUAACAUCACCGUGAUAAGGUAUUUGCAUACAGAGAACUUUUUUUUUUACCUUUAAACACGGACAAUCUGUUUUCUCACACUAUUUAACGAUUUAGUAUUUAUUAAAUUGUAAAUAUGUAAUAUUCAAAUUCAUUGCUCUUUUGGUUUGGAUUCUGAUACAGUUUAUAUGCCCAAAUCUUUUGUAUGUCUAAAAAGGUUGGUUUUAUAUGUAUUUUUUACAAUAAAUAUGCAUAUGUGUG